AUGGAUGAUUACGUGAAGUGCCUCGCAUACUACAACAAUGACCGUUAUUGGCUGUCGGAUGCUACGGGUCUCCCGAUAGCAGAUGGUUGUCCUCUACUUGAUCUGAAAGACAAGGAACUAGUCUAUGAGACAGAGCUGCUGAUUAUGGUACCUAGUGCCAUGGAAGCGAAGCUGGUGCCCGCGAAUUACAACUACCUCGCUAGCUAUAAGAUAGCUGAAACCUACUACGUGUUGCUUGAGGAACGCAUUGAUGGAGGAUUUACGGCUAUAUCGCCCUCAUCUAACUCAGCGACUCUCGGGGAUGGUGAUUCCGCAAAGUCUGACGAUGAAACGCCCACGACACGCCGUCCGCCAACCUAUAGUCUCUCGGAUGGUGAGGAUAACGAUUGUACCGAUAGUGACAUCGUGAAUCCUUCUCAAAGCACAACCGUCCCCAGUGCUUCUAGCCAUGACGGUAUCUUAACUCCCUCUCAAAGCACCGCCACCACUAGAGCUUUCAGCCCUGCCGACGUCGACAGGAGUGAUGAUCCCAAGCGAGACGGGGUUAAAAUUAGUGAAUCUGACGGCCUGUCACCAGCCAACAAAACAGUCCCCAGUACUAAGAAAUCUUACAAAACCCCCGAGAUUGCUAGUGACUACGGCUCCGAUACCGACGGCGACCCUAUAGAUAGUGGCCGCAGACGCCGCCAACCAAUCAUAACAGAAGUGCCACCACGUGAGCCCCCUUCCCAGCCUGCGACCGAUUUUUUCUCGGGAAUGGCUAGUACAGACUACACCUGGGGAGGAAUAGACGCUUCCGGUUGUAAUAUCGAAUUCGUUCCCGACCAGGAGUCUCGUUCAAAUCCUAUCCGGGUUGGCCUUGGACCGGAGAUUCCAAGCGGAUCAGACCCCCAAUCCAAGACCAAUCAUUUUACCCCAUCAACGACUCGCAAGCCUCUCCCUUAUCCUCCGGCAAAUAAUGGCCUGCCUACUUCGCGUGCUACUCCUUAUUACACCAAGUGGGGUUGGUAUCAGCCCCCCGCAUAUGGGCCAACCAAUCCCUUUGGACCCCAAUGA